AUGCGAAGAGGUGUUAUCGAUCUGGAUUUGUAUAAAAAUACACCGAAAGAACUACUCGUUGGGCAGAUUUCCAUUUUGGGAGGUUGCUCAGCAUGGUUGCUGCUAGCAACGUUCGCCCGUCUGCCUGUUUCCACAACACACAGUAUCACUGGUGCAACUGUAGGCUUUGGAUUGGUCACUAGGGGAGGAUAUGGUAUACAGUGGGCACAAAUCAUUGAAAUUGGUGAGUAA